GCUAGUUCUAGUCGCACAUCGGCAGAACCUCGUCGGCAAACCAUGCUCUCGACCGUCAGCUCAGUGCCUCCUCCCUCGUGCGUCCGGGGUUUGCCAUACAGUAUAUGCCGCAAACGUGCGCGAGGCAAGGCUGGCACCCGAACGAGGGCUGAUAACAGAUCCUGCGAGUCUUGUGCUCAGUGCACUCAUUUCGCAGGCGGCCUCACAGCUCCUCGCGUCCAGAUAUCGCGGUUCUUGGACCCGACACGGCCGUGGACGCCGAAAGCGACAGCUGGCGGACCCGGGACGCCAGAUGAUGACGCCCGGCGAGAGGCAGCGGCGAAGGCGCUGGCGGAUUCUCUGCUUUGGGCAUGGUCGACGAGUUCACUCAGGUGGAGGGUCUCCUGGUGGAGCUCGUCAUUUUCAAAGCGCACGCUAGGCAAGAGGCAUGGAGCAGGCGCUGGGAAUGAGAAGCUCCACCAGGAGACCCUGGACCUGGGUGCUGCGCCUGCUCCAUGCACGGAGCCUUGUGCCGGCGCUGCUGCCAGGCCCCUGGCCCAGCGGGGCUGACAUGGCGGAUGCCGUGGCGGCACUGGUGGACUGGCUUGCUGAGGAGGACCGCGGCUUCCUGCCGGAGCUGGCCGCGGAGAUGCAUCUGCAGAUCGCCCUGCUCCAGCGGGCCGGGCUGGAGCAAGUAGAGGGCCAGCUGGCUCAGAAGCUGGCGUCGGCACACAGCGAGCUGGUGCAGCGGCUGCCAGUGCCCCCACCUGAGCCAGCUGGCCCUCCACCUGCUCCAGCCCGGCCCGCUUGAGCAGGGCGAUCUGCCGAUGCACCUCCGCGACCAGCACCGCCAGGUUUCGGCGGCUUUCGGCGCCGCGGCCACCGUCGCCGCAUGCAUGCACAGCCGCUCCGGGAGUGGCACUGGCAGAGUGACCGGUAGGGGAUGAGGAGCAGCAGCAGGGCCAGACCCAGCCUGCAGCCUCCUGUCGUCACCACCAGCGGCCGGCGCGAAAAUGUCGGGCGCCGUUUACGGUCUCCUGAAGGACUACCUGGGCGGAGCAGCGGAGGAGCGCAGGCGGCUGCUGGAAGGCGAGGUGCAUGUCGGCGCUGAGCAGUCUGCAGCCCGAGGUUGCAGUGCACGGUAGCCACCGCCGGGGCGAGCGACAGCAAGAGCUGGAGGUGGACAGCCUGCGUGCCUUCCACAACAGGGCUGCUCUGGCCUUGGUGGAAACCAGAACCAGCAGCAUGGGUGAGGGCAAGCUUGCUCGCCGCAGCAGAGCUUUAUCCCUGGCGCCAACUCUGCUGUGUAGCAGGCUUGUGCAUGUCCAUGUGAUCGUGCCCAGUGUAACGCGUAGUUGCCUGUACAUACCGCUCACAAACAUUGCCAUUGUUGCUGGUGCCGCAUCAUGCUGCGCAGGCACGUCCGCCGCCACCCCGCAGCCCGCACACUUGGCGACUGUCCUUGCUGUGCGCCUACCACGUCCUACGCAAGCGAUCGCCAUGUAAUGCCUCGGCCGCAUACAUGGCCAACCGCUUGCGUAGCACGUGGUACGCGCACAGCAGGACCGUUGUCGAGCGUGCGAGCUGCGGAAUGGCGACGGACGUGCCUGCGCAGCAUGGUUCGGCACGCAACGCCACCACGCCGCGCGCCUUGAUGUCCGCUGGGAGCUGGUUCCGGCAGGCGGCGGACGGUGCCCAUGGACGUAGGCUGUGCCAGCACGUCCACGUCCUACGCAAGCGGUCGGCCGCCUGCCGAGACCAGCUCCCAGCGGACAUCAAGGCGUGGUGGUGGACGUGCUGGAAGCCAAAGACAUGCUGCCGACCAGCCGUCACUGGGCGCACCUUGGCCGGCCGGACGACAGGUGCGACACGAACUUCUGCCAUCGACGGGCAGCUCGCGGUGGAACCAGCUGCCGGCCGGCUUCCUCAGCACUGCUUCCUCAGCACUGCUUCCUUGCCAAAGGCAGCUGCAGGUCCCUUGCGACCCGCGCCCGAUUGCUGGGGGUGAGGGGUGGCUGGUGGGUGGCAGAGAAGGAGUGCGAUACUAUGAUGUUGGAUUACUUGAGCAGCGGCACGAGCUGGAUGACUUGUCUUCGAGGACCAGGCGGCCGGGCGGGUGGGCUCCAUAUCGGGAGGGGUCUAGGCAAUGAUGAACACAAUGAAUGUUUUCUGUGAGGUGGAGCUGCCGGCACCUGCCUUUGUAAAUCAGAAGGAAGUGACUGUGCCUCGAGCCUUGUGCCUUCGGGUGUGGGGAAGGGGGGGUAUGACAUGGAGGGCGGGAACAACAACCACAACAACGACCACAAGCGUGGGGUUCAGCUGUCGGGUCCGGGGUAGGUGAGUCUGUGGGGGAUCGGGUGCAGGUUGGGUGUUAGGCGGCUCGCUGGUGUUGGGGGCCGACUGGUCUGGCGCCCGGGCCUGGUAGGGGAGAGGAAGUCCAUGGCUCGAAGCAGUGUGUGGCCAAGGACCGCGGCAUGGGCCAUUGGUUGUUACCACCUGAGCAUAGAUUGGGAAUGGUUGUGCAAUUUACGUUAGUUGGUGGCUGGGCUGGCACGGACGUGGCGGUGGGUCAACUGGCUGACACGGAGAGGGAUGGGCCUUCGCCUGGAAGCUACAGUGGAUCUUUGUACUGGCGGAGCUCGCAAAGGAAUUCGGGCGCGAGUGUGCUCGGCUGGCUAGCCAUGGAUGGGGUCCCAGUCGCCUGAAAUGUCCUGUGAAAUGUCGCCUCAAGCUCUGAUGACUCGUGCGCUGUGGCUUUGCUUAAUUGGAGGACAUAGCGCCCAGACUGGUGCGCCUGAGAUAACUGACAUGCACUUAUCCUACAAAGAA